CCGCCCCGCACCCGGGGCGCGCGUCCGCCCGAGCGGGGGGCGAGCGCGCGGGGACCCCGGCGAUGCUGCCGCCGCCGCCGCCUCUGAGGGAGCGCCCGAGCCCGCCGCGGGGAGAGGCUGAACAAAGCUCGGGCUCAGUUGUGAUUCCUGCUCGUCAGCCUCUUGCCUCCCAAACGCGUGCCAUUUCCACUUGAUGUCAUCACGCAGAAGGGGGUGAAAGGGCCUCGGGGACGGAUGCAGAAAUGCGCACGCCUGAGCACGCUGGAGGCCCGUGAGCGCCUCGGCCCCCGGCAACUGCGGCCGGCGCCUGCGGAGGAGGCGGGCUGAGCGCGGACUCCCGCCUCGAGACCCGGCCCGGCGCCCGCGCUCACCAUGGAGGCGCCCUCGCAGGACGCGCUGCUGGAGUGCCAGAUCUGCUUCAACCAGUACAGCCCCCGGCGGAGGCCCAAGCUGCUGGACUGCAGGCACACCUGCUGCUCCCUGUGCCUGCAGCAGAUGCGGACGAGCCAGAAGGACGUGCGCUGCCCCUGGUGCCGGGGCACCACCAAGCUGCCCCCGGGCUUCUCGGUGUCGCAGCUGCCGGACGACCCCGAGGUGCUGGGCGUCAUUGCCAUCCCGCACGCCUCCGAGCACACGCCGGUCUUCAUCAGACUGCCGAGCAACGGGUGCUACAUGCUGCCCCUGCCCGUCUCCAAGGAGCGCGCGCUGCUGCCCGGCGACGCGGGCUGCCGCCUGCUGCCCGGGGCCCAGCCGAAGGCGGUGGCCGUGGUGAGCGUCCCCGCGGCCGAGCAGCAGCCCCUGCAGCCCGCGGCCCCGGGCGAGGCGGCGGCCGAGGAGCCGGACCGGCGCGGCGCGGCCAAGAGCUCCACCUGGUCCGGCGUGUGCACCGUCAUCCUGGUGGCCUGCGUCCUGGUCUUCCUCCUCGGCAUCGUGCUCCACAACAUGUCCUGCAUUUCUAAGCGCUUCACUGUGAUAUCCUGCGGCUGAAGGGGCUGUGGGCAAGGCUCCGUGGGUGCCCGUUCGGGGCUGAGCAGCUGUUGGUGGGGGGAUCGCAGCGAGAAGGCGGGGGGGGCCCGCUGACCCCGGGGAGCCCGGUGCUGGCCCCGGGGCCCUGGGCUGCCAUUUGAUUAUCCACAGACAGACACGAAGGGCAGGACCCGCGGUCCCCGCGGGAAAGCAGGCGGAGUGCUCUGAUUCCUGGUGGCGACAGCUUCGAAGACGGUUGCAUGCAUCCUCAUAAUCACCGAUUAAAUGGACUGUAAUUUAUCAUUUCUCCAAAUCAUGUUACGAGAUAGACCUAUUCUACUUAGACGUUAAACUGUUGGAAGUGCAUACCGUGUGAUCUUCUCUAAAUGUGGUCGAUUAAAACAAAGAUGCUCUGCAUACAAGUAGAAUUAAACCUGAAAAUCCAUGUAAAAAUUCAACUGCAACAUGACGUGCUGGUUUCUUUCCUUUUUCUUUGAGAAAAUGAGACCCGGUCUCCAUGUAGUUGCUGUGACUUUUUAUACCGUUUUGAAUGGCACCCAAAGUAAAAUCAGUUAAGCGGACAGUUGUCUUUUCAGGAAAGCAUCCGAAGGCGUGUUUCCAGUGUGGUGUGUUUUGCCACAUACCUUCGGGUCCCUUCCCUUGUGAUUAGAGCUCGCUGUGUGUUUAUUAAACCGAAGGCCCGACAGGGGAGCAGUAACCUGAGUGAUGGUGAGAAAUGCCUAAUCCCACAGGAAACCUACAUGCCAGUCUUCCUCAAGCCAUCUCACGAAAUAAGAAUUUCCAGUGUAAAUAUUGUGUAUUUGUGUGUGUGUGUAAUUUGAUUUACCUCAGGUUUCGAAUCUUUUCAGAAGAAUCCCGGGAGUAAGACUUUGUAGGCGUGAGUGAGUCCAGAGUCUGAAACGGCGGCCACCUUGCGGCCACCUGGACCCCCCCGGCGAGGUGUCACAGACGUGUCACUUCCAUACUCGCUCCUCUCUGUGUGUGCAAGUCCUGUAUUCUGUAAGGCACAAACGGGGAAUACGGAAGAUUCUGCCUUUUCUGCCAGCUUUGAUGUGUUCUAACAGCCGUGAGUGUUGGUGAUUGCUGACAAACCUGGGCUGGCAUUUGAAGACAGCCCAUGCUUAUUUCUUCAAAGAGGUUGCUCCACGAGAGUUAGACCACUUCACAUUCCAGGUUCUUCUUGUUGGUAGAAGUGAGGUUUUCUCUUGUAUUUCAAGAUAUGUGUUUAUUGAGAAAAAUGGCAAGGUGAACUAGCAAUUCAUAUUCCCAGUUUAAGUGGACCAGUUCAUCAUAAAUUCUCAAAUGUUCUUAAAUGUUUAAUGGCCUACAGUUGCUCAUGAAGAAAGAUCUGCUGGUUUUAAAUGACGCGUUCUGUGCCUGAAUAUGUGUGCAUUCAGACAUAGCUGUGAGCUUUACAGUUCUAGUUUCUUUUAUGGAAUUCAUGAAGCAAGUGGUGCGUGCCAAGCCCCCCUGCCCCCACCCCAUUCACGGAUAUGUCCAUGUUCCACUGAAUUCCUGAAAAUGGGACAGAAAAAUAAGCAGUGACUGCCUCCAAAAUGUAAGGCUAGAAAUAAUCCUUAAGACUGAGAUAAUUUAAUUUACCUACAUGCUGACUUUUACCUUCAAGCAGCACAAAAUAUACACAUUAAAGUUAUGGCAUUAACUGAGAUAAAAUGGCAAUAUAAUGAAUCGAAUCCCAAGCUAAUAUUCAUUGACAUGAGAAUUUGAUAUAAAAAUAUGAACUUGGGUUUUUCAAAUCUUUCAAAUUUGUCAUUAGCCCUUUAGGAAAUGUAUUUGAAAUCUCAGACUAGAAAUUAGGUUAAAAUGCCAUUUUAUUGUGUAAGCUAUUGGGCAUUAUACAACAAAUAAUCUAGGAUUUGUUUGGUAUUAAUAAUUUAGGUAUCAUAUUAGCUGAAUACUAUCCUCUAUUACGUAACCUAAUAUACUGUUGGGUUAGUUUCAAUUUCUCAAACUCUCCCAGGCUGCCGUGAUGCAUGUCUGACCUAAUUUCUAUUCCUCUUGGGAAAAAAACCCACAGAAAUGUUACACUAAGGAUUCUGCAUUUCGGAUGGAAUUUACCCUUGCAAUGCUAAGUCAUGCCGUAUUCAAAUUAUUUUUGUGAAUGAUACCUACAUAUGUUUAUGUCCUAUAUGACAUGACUAGCCCUGGAGUGUAGUGUGAUAGAAUUUUACAUGGUCUGUAGGUUAUAUAUAGACACUGACAUACGUGAUGAUACUGUGUUUCUUAGCACAAACCCAUAGAGUACAAAUGUCCACAUACUUUUUACUGAAAAACAAUCCCAAUUGCAGUUUAGCAGUGCAAAAUUAAUCGGCUCUAUGAUAGAUUCUUGACAUUACAAUUUAAGGUACAAUAGCAACCCAAAUCAGAAUUUUUGUGUGAGUCUUAGUGAUGUAAAGCCAUUGUUUAAGUGGAUUCUGCCUGCUAGUUAUUUAUUUGUGUACCUGCUUAUCAGCGUGCAAUCCCGUGUGUGAGUGUGCGCAUGUGUGUCCGCAUCUCAGCCUGCCGGAUAGAAUUUUAUAGGCUUAGUGUUGUUUAAUGUUAUUCGGCAUCCACUGCUCCGGCGCUCUGGCACUUACUCAUGACCCUGAGAACACGUCUACCCCAGAUGAUGCAAGCCCAGUGACACCAUCAGCCAGAACUCACAGUUCACAUCAGUGAAAAAACUCAGAACGGAAAGCACAGGAAGUUGGAUCUGAAAGCAACCUCUGGUGGCUUGAUUUUUUAGAUGACUCCACUCAGGCCCACAGAGAUGCAAGACAGCUUGUUCUGCAGCAAAAGGGGGACCAGGACUUUGCACGGCAGUCUCCUCCUGCUCCUUCCUCGACCUGUCGCCAUCUCUGUUGGGCUGCGAUCUCCUUUCAGGGUGGAUGAAUACCCUUUACAAACUCAACUGUUGUUAAGGUCUUUGUUUUUGUAGAUUUAUAUAUUUGCUUUAGUUAGCAUCUACCUCUCUGGGAAAUGAAAGGAGGGUUGAUUUAGGGAUGAGUAUAGACAAAGAGAACAUGUGAUCUGAAUUUUUUGAGUUGCAAAACAUUGGUUUCCCCCCUGCCUCCCACUUUAUCUGUAAAGGGCAGUGAGUAUUAUGUAAAUAGUAAACUCUAAGAAGCAUGGAUUUUUCUUUAUUAAUGAUCUUGACAUACUCAAGAGAAUGCUGAAUAUGCUAAGUAGAGUCAAGUAUGCUACCAAAAAGCAUUGUUUUUGGAAAAUUUUGUACAAUGACCUGAGGCAUAGGUUGUGAUGAAGAGGCAAUAGGUUCUCAGUUCCAGUCAUACUUUAUGAUCAGAAACCUAUAAGAUAUUUCCUUUAAGAAUAUAGUUAAGUUCCAAUCAUACUUUAUGAUCAGAAGCCUAUAAGAUAUUUCCUUGAAGAAUAUAGUUAAGUUUAAUCUUGCACAUGACUUAAGAGUGGUUAUUGAUGGUUAAACCUUGUGCUGGUGUAGCCCUUGGGAUCUUCACAAUUGGCGCUGCUCAACAGAAUGUUCUGUGAUGCUGAAAUGUUCUAGAGGUUAUGCUGUCCAGUACAGUAGCCACAUUGGUUACUGGGCAACUGAAAUGAAAUUAGUCUGAAUGAGGAACUGGAUUUUGUAUUUUAAGUUAAUUAAAUUGAUUCCACUCACAUGUGGCAAGUGGGUACCAUUAUUGGACAACGGAGUUCUGGAGGGUUGUGCAGUAGGAUCAAGAUGUUAGUGGAGUAAACGGCAAGGUGGAGAAGGCAACUUGUGGUUUAGUAACAUGCAGUUGACUUAAAUUUUUUUUUCCUUUCUGGGCUUAAAAAUAAAUGAUCUCAAGUAUGAUAGUAACAAUGCAUUGAUUGCCCUUUGGGGUUAUUACUUAGAUACUCUGGGCCAAGGAAAAAUCAGUGAAGCUUAAAAGAGUGCUUGAUGAAGCCCCUUUUCUGGGAUCAUUAGCUGCAUGUGAAUCUAUUGUCCAAAAAUAGUAAGUAGUUAGACAGUAGCUGUAAAAUGUUUGACCUGCAUGACCUGUACUGUGAAAUUGUGUUUAGGGUCUUGUGGCCAAAAAGCAAAUGUUACAGAAAAAAAGAAAACAGCCUAAUGAAAUCCCUCUUCACGUCCAGCAUCUUACUCAGACUGCAUCACUGCCUUAGGACUGUGCGCUGUGAGAGCAGGGAGGUCUUGCAGUGUUCACAGGCAGUGUUUGUUUGCCCUUGAAGUCUGCCAGCUCAUCCUUGUAUUUGAGGGGGGCAUAGGUGGGCAUCGUUUUUCAGAUGCCAGACUAAAAUGUAGGUACUAUUUUUAGAGUGAGAUUUGACAUUGUUUUAAUCUUUUUUUUUUCGUUAUCACUGAAAUAAUUGAAGAUUUGAAACCUUGCACAGUGACACUUUGUUUGACAUCAGGAAAACGUUGCCCAUGGAAUGUGAAGACCUGAAGGUUAUUAAAGUUACUAAGAUUGCUUUUUAAGUGAGUAAAGGGAAGCAGAAAAUUCAGUUUGAGAUAUAUUUUCAUUGAUUAGACUCUUCCUGAUAGUAUUUAUUCCAGUCUAGAUUUUGAUUUAAAGAGCUCAUAGUUUUGUUUGAAAACUUGCAGUGUGUCUAAAGUGGUUAACCUGCUUUUUAUUGGCCAAAAUAAUGUUAAUCAAAUGCAUUUGUUUCAAUUUAGCAGAUUUUUUUAAAUAUAGAACUUGUCAAUAAGCAGGACUCUUUAGUUCAUCCUUAAAAAUGAUUACAUUUUUUUGCCCAAUAAUAGGUUUUCUUUAGACUCAUGAGGAAAUUAAAGGCCCAAAGAUUACUGGUAUGGGAGGAGUGAGAUGCACUGGUCUGAGUUCCACCUUCUCUUAGAAAAGCGAUGCUGCCAGCUAGCCAGCAUUUCGUUUCCACACGAGGAGUGUCAUCAGUCAGGUAAUCUGUCAUCCUUGACCCAGAAGGAGAAGCUGUCCCUUACCGUUGUCAUCAUUCUCAGGAAAACGUUAGCCACAAAGCAAUCCUUACCAGGACGGGAACUGCAGAGGAGAAUGAGGCGGUCAAGAUAACUCAGUAACUGUUUGAAAGUGAUAGUCUGUUUCAAGAGAUGAUGACCAGUUGCUGAAUUUUGUUAAACAUGAAACAUUUCUUAAAAAAUAAGUGGAAAUUCAAGCCAUUGACUUCGUUGACACAGUUGAUUCAUUGUGUAAAGAUAUAUAUCUAUACAUAUAGGUAUAAAUAUAUACAUAUAUAUAGGCACACAAUUUAGCUGUAACUGAAGCUUAAAAAAUCAAGUGAAAUAUUUGUCAUGUUCUCCAGUGUGGGUUAUAUAAUGUUGAAUUUAGGUAUUAAUUUUUCAACAAAUGCUAUAGGCCACAUCCAUUUUGUUAAACCAGCUAUCUUUGAGAGUCUAUAUAACUCAGCUCUCAAGACUUCAUAUACAUGAGGAGGUGAGUUCUACCAUAUGAAGAACAUUAGUGGGUGGGGCAUUUAGUUUCUGUCUUCCAAAUGACUUAUUUUUUGGCUCUGCUCAGGUGGUCGCAAGUAGAGCACCAUUAUUCUUGAACUCUUGCCAUAUGGCUCCAUUUUUCUGCACAAGUUUCCUUGCACAGUCGGGCCAAUGAUUUUUUUUUUUCUUUCAGGAUUCACUGCCUGGGGUAUCCCACUCUCUGUAUCUCACUUAUGAUGUAGUGGUGCUUGAAAACACUCAUCUCGUUAGCUGGACUUUAUUAUUCUAGUCUAAGGGUUUUGAUACUAUUCAUAUUAUGAUCUUUUUUAGAGACAAUCAGUAAUAUUUGGGGGAGAGUACUGAGGGGUCUCUUGAAGUCUGCAAUAGCAUGUGUUUUUCUGAGGGAUGUUCUCUUAGAGCUGGCCUGGUUCUUCUAGAACACUGCUGUCAGCCCAUCAUGGGAUGCACGGCUGGUAGCCCCUGUGAAGGUCUUCUCUGCUCUCCGUGGGCUGUGUUAUUGGAUUAUUCUAAUAAGAGUGUUCCAAAGGGAAGCUCAGUUUUUAAUUUGACAUUUGCAUUUUGAGAAUCCAGAAGUAGACGUUUGGAUAUGAUGGCAGUGAAGGAGCAUGGGCUGAAAAAGGAGGAAAUAGAUGAGGCAGGUGCCCCUUGAAGGGAACAAGUUGAGGCAUCUAUGUCAUCUCUCUUUAGAAAGUGGGCGGACACAGGAGCUGGUGUCUUACACUGCGCUGCAGAAACUCCCGGUUGCAUUUUCCUGACUGAGAGACGAGCGGACUCUUAGGCAGGCCCUGUGUGGUGGAGGUGGGGAUGUGACCUGGAGUUUGUAGCAAAAGAGAGCCAGGCACGCCCAGGAAGUGAGAAGACAGCGGCACAAAGGGAAGAAGCCCUAGUGAGACUAUAGCUCCUAAACCAAGCAGAAGCUGAAGGUCAGUCGUGGCAGAAACCAGCUGAAGAAAGAACACAGAAGAGUGGGAAUUAACUUAGCCAAGCACAAUGUGUCAUUCCAGUAUGGCCCACCGAACUUAAUUCAGGCUGUGUCAGCUGAAGACAUGGGAAGGUGCUCAGCUGAUGGGAGCGUCCGAGGAGGCCCUACUGGGUGUCAGUCGGCACCAUACAGUUUCAGGACCUGCCCUCGGGCAGGCGGUUCAGUCAUUACAGACAAACUCCAAUGAUGUCCUCUUACCUGAGGAGUGCAGAGCCACGCCUGUGGAUGUAACCUGACUUGAGUAGGUUAAUAGUAUUGGGAAGGCUCGUUCAAGAGCCUUUCGGUUUCUCUCCUGGUUGUGGUCAUUCCUUAUAUUUCUAUUCUGCCACUAGUUCCCGUUUCGCCCCACUGGCAGUUGCAGGAGGCUGGUUGCAGCCUGGGACGGUUACACGCUCCCAGCAUAAGCCACACAGCUGCUGCACUGAGGCCCUGCCCCUUGGACGGCUCCACCGGUGGGGUUCCUGGCCUUCUUGAUAACUAGUACUCCAGUCAAAUGGCUAGGUUAAUGCUGCUCAGAGGCUGUUAACUCAAGUCCUUGACAUGUUUCACUUAUAAUUCCGUGGAUUAUUUAUUUUAGAAUCUUUUUUAAGGGGCCAAACAGCCCUACAGAUAAAUGAGCUGCUGGGCUGUGUAGAGAAUAUUGUCCAAAUGUUGCCAAAUACUGACUUCAUAAGGGGGAUAUCAAGCUGCUGUUUAUAAAUCUGAAUGUCUUAAAAGCAUUCUUGCUUGCUGUCUCUGUUGUAGGUGGUGUCUUAGCAAGUCCUGAGUUUUUCCAAUGAACCCGAUUUUAAUAUAUGGUAUUUUUGUAAGCCAAUCUGGUGUCUUGUCCUUUGUAUAUGUGGUGAUGUUGAUUUUAUGACUACUGUUAAAACACAUUUGCUAUGAUUAAAAUUCAUGAAAUGAUUUCAAA